ACUGGUGGGGCAAAGCAAUUCGAAGUUCGUCCUCGUCGACCGUGGCCCUUUGCGUAGUGCCCUCUCUUUCUCACUUGGAACGGGGGUUGCCUGCCCUGGCUAUUCAUCCUUCAUCAUCUUUGCUCCAUCGGCGAUCGGUUAGUUCUUCCAUUUACAAGGGUAUUUUUCUGCAGAUAGCUUGGGAGUGUACGAUCUCGAUGUCUGGUUGAACGCUAGUCCUCAAUCUGACAAAUGGCAGCCAGAGGCAAUAUUCCAGCAGCAUAUGAGGGGCGUUCUGUCCAAGUUCCUGGGAUGAUGCGGCAUGGUCCAUAUACUGGUGUAAGUUCUUCUGCAGGCCAUCCUUCUCUAGAGGCCCUGCCCCGUCAAAUGUUGGGUGAUGAAAUUGCAUCUCAGGAAGAAGAAAUAAAGCGACUAGUGGGCGACAACCGUAGGCUGGCAAGUACUCAUGUGGCCUUGAGAGAAGAGCUUGUCGCUGCUCAGCAGGAAGUGCAUAAACUGAGGGCACAUAUUAGGAGCAUUCAAACUGAAAGUGAUAUCCAGAUCAGAGUUUUACUGGAUAAGAUUGCAAAAAUGGAGAGAGACGUUAGAGCUAGUGAGAAUGUAAAGAAGGAACUCAAACUAGCCCAUCUUGAAGCGCAGAGCUUGGUAGCCACUAGACAAGAACUGAAAAGCCAAAUUGAAAGAGCUACUCAGGAAUUGAAGAAAGUCCGUGGUGAUGUCAAGAGUUUGCCAGAUCUGCAGGAUGAACUGGACAGCUUAGUGCAAGAACACCAUAGAUUACGUUGCAAUGAACUCGGCUGCUGUUCAUUGGAUUGUCUAAACAUGGAGAGACCAGAAUGCAUUCAUGAUGUGUUGUCUUCAAAUUGGAAUCUGGUUGGGCACAGUGCAACCUUUGAAUAUGAAAAGAACAAAAACGUUGAGUUAGUGGAGCAACUAAAAGCAACAGAGAAGAAUCUGAUAGGAAUGGCAAGAGAAGUUGAAUUUUUACGAGCUGAGAUUCAGAAUGUUGAGAAAAGAACACAUGCGCCAAAUCCGUAUGGUGCUGCUGCAGCAAUACCCAGAACCUUUGUUGAUGCCUAUGGGAGAGCUCAAGUAGGAGAGACAGCACCAGCCUAUGGGGCCGGCAAUGGCCGGCAGCUUUGACUAGGGCUGCUAGGGCUGGACUGCUUGAUUCCUCAGUUCCUAGGAAGUGAUGUUUCGUGAGGAGCAAUCAGAUGUAAUUCUUGAUUCUAGCUGUUGCUAGUAUAAGCCAUGAAUUGAUGGUUAUAUUGUUUAUAUAUAAAACACAGAUCUGAUGGCUCUAUUGUAACCCUUCUCUAUAUAAUGUCAGUGAAUUUUGUAAAGUGUUGAAUCAAAUUUGUAAUGGCCUCUUGUAAUGUAUUUAUUUAAACUUAUUUUAAAAAAAUUUAAAUAAAGAGCUCUUUUUUU